GGUCGUGUUGUGUGCGGCAGCGGCAGUUGCGGACUGCGGGUUUCGGGCGCGGCCGAUCAAUCGUAUCGCUCCAGAUGACUGGCGGCCGUGACACACUGUAUUGUCCGCCCCCGGACACCGUGAGACACCACAACAGUCAGUGCCGAGGCGGAGGCCCAGCAGAACCCUAGCCUGCCGUUGAAGAGACAGUACAAGAGGUUACCAGAAAACAAAAUCCACAAAGUUGAAGAAUAGCUGUAAAAAUUAUAGGAGAGAUUGUCACGUUGCAGUUAAAGGAAGCGAUACAUUAGAAAAUAACUGGUAUUCUUCUCUAAAGAGCCAGAAGUAAAGUCGAUGCAUAGAAUCUCAACUUUACAAAGAGAUUGCCACGUAAAGUUUUGAAGCUGCGAAGAAGCGUAUAAAAAUGAGCGACUCAAAAAACAAUUCCAAAGUCGCUACGGAGGGUUCGAAGGGCUCAAAUGAAAAAGUCCCUGCGGAGAGUCUGAAGGAAUCGAAGGAUGAUACGUUAGACGUGGACUCGCUGAUGCGCGAGCUGGGCCAGGGCGGGCGCUACCACUGCAUCGUCUACGUGCUGGUGGCAUUCUCCGUGGCGCAGGUUGGCUUGCUGCACACCACGUACAUCUUCCUCGCCGGGAAUCUACCUUACAGAUGUAUAGUCCCGGAGUGCGAGGCGGGGAACACGACGGAGUACUCGCCCUCGUGGCUGGAGGGCGCUCCGGGGGAGCACGAGCGGUGCCGGCGCCCUGUGCCCCUCGACCCUCAGCUGCCCUGCGCCUCCGACGCCUUCAGCGACGCCCUGCAGCCCUGCGACCAGUGGAUAUACGCCUCGCACGACACUAUUGUGGCUGAGUUCAACCUGGCAUGUCAGGACUGGAAGCGCACGCUGGUGGGGACGGUACACAACUUCGGUAUGCUGGUGUCGCUGCCCAUACUCGGAUACGUCUCAGAUCGUUGGGGCCGCAAGAGCGCGCUGGUGAUCAGCUGCACGCUGGUGGGCGCGAUCGGUACGCUCAAGGCGUUCUCCGUCUCCUACGAGAUGUACAUCAUCAUCGAGUUCCUCGAGACGCUCGCCGGAGCCAGCGCCUUCCCAGCUGCUUACAUUAUCACGGUGGAACUCCUCGGUCAAGAUAAGCGAGUGCUGACGACCGCCUUCCUGGGCAUAGUGCUGGUGAUGGGCGGUAUCUGCUUUGCGCUGCUCGCCCGGACCUUCCACUACUGGCGGACCUUCAUCCUCGUCGUCUACCCACCGUCCAUUCUCUUCAUCACGUACAUUUACCUCCUCCCCGAGAGUAUCCGAUGGCUGCUGUCCAAGGGAAGACGGGAGGAGGCCCUAGAGAUCGUGACGAGAGCCGCUAAAAUGAACAAGGUGACGCUAUCCGAACAGACGUUGAAGAAGCUGUCGGUCGCGGACGUGGUGGUGACGAAGGAGGAAAGAGACGAGGAGGAGGGUCUGUGGACGCAGGUGUUCCGGUCCCCGAUCAUCCUAAAGAGGCUUGCAAUCUGCUCCUGGUGGUGGAUCACCUGCACGUUCGUAUUCUACGGGCUGGCCAUCAACUCGGUGUCCCUGGCCGGGAACAAGUACACCAACUACAUCCUCGUGGUCAGCGUGGAGAUCAUUGCCGUCGUCAACAACGCUAUCGUGCUGGACCGCAUCGGCCGCAAGCGCACGCUGCUCAUCGCGUUCAUCGUCUGCGGAUUGUCCUGCAUCACCAUCGCUUUUGUGCCCGAGAGAAUGUGGUGGCUUGCGACGAUGCUGUACCUGCUGGGCAAGAUCGCGAUCACGCAGGCGUUCAGCGGCAUCUACAUGUACACGGCGGAGCUGUUCCCGACCCGCGCGCGCCACUCGCUGCUCGCCUGCUGUUCUAUGCUCGGCCGAGUAGGCUCCAUCAUCGCGCCGCAGAUGCCGCUGCUGGCAAUGUACGUGGAGUGGCUGCCGUCGGUGCUGUUUGGGUGCACGGCGCUGGUGGCGGGCGCGCUGAUGACCACCACGCCGGAGACACUCAACGCGCGCUUGCCCGACACCAUCGCCGAUGCCGAGAGACUCGCCUCGUCCCCCACAGACAAGGAGCAGGCCACCUCGAGACUGUAAAAUAGUUGUAGUGAGUGUGGCCUGUCAGUAUGGAAUUAUAGCUAUAUGGCGCACUUGCCGAGCUGACGCUCUUUGCCACACUCACUUAGAAUAUAUUAUGAUUUUAUUCGUUUGAACUACCGAGCUCAGGUUUUAUUGGUGCUAUUGCGUCCUCCUUCGGUUAAAAUUAUGGUAUGGCAUG